AUGCCUCCGAGGCGGGAGAUUUCGGCAGGACACCUGAGUCCACAGGAUUCCCGCGGUGCUGGUUGUUCCAAAUGGAAUCAAUCCCAGGCGCACAAUCUCCACGCAGAAGGACGGGCGGCCCCCACCCCCGUUCUCCAGGCCCGGAGUGUAGCGGCGCGCGUGCGUGCUGGGUUGCGUGCCUGCGUGCGUCCUGGGUUAGUCCGGUUCUGGCCCUGUCGUGCCGCGGGUAGAGGUGCCGCCGGAACGGGCCGAGUCUCUGCGUUCCUGGGAAGAGAGGCGAGGUUCAGUUACAUCUUUAAAAAAUCCAACAUCAAAAUGGCUGCAAAGAGAGCUCUGGUCAUCCUGGCUACAGGAGCAGAGGAGAUGGAGACGGUCAUCCCUGUCGAUGUCAUGAGACGAGCUGGAAUUAAGGUCACCAUUGCAGGUCUGGCUGGAAAAGACCCGGUACAGUGUAGCCGAGAUGUUGUCAUUUGUCCUGAUGCCAGUCUAGAAGAUGCAAAAAAAGAGGGACCUUACGACGUGGUGGUUAUGCCAGGAGGCGGUCUGGGCGCACAGAAUUUAUCCCAGUCCUCUGCCGUGAAGGAGAUACUGAAGGAACAAGAAAAGAGGAAGGGCCUCAUCGCCGCAAUCUGUGCGGGACCUACGGCUCUGUUGGCUCAUGAAAUAGGUUUUGGAAGCAAAGUUACAACACACCCACUUGCUAAAGACAAAAUGAUGGACGGAAGUCAUUACAGCUACUCAGAGAACCGUGUGGAAAGGGACGGCCUGAUCCUCACCAGCCGGGGGCCGGGAACCAGCUUCGAGUUUGCUCUGGCGAUUGUCGAGGCGCUGGCCGGCAAGGAGGUGGCCGACCAAGUGAAGGCCCCGCUGGUGCUUAAAGAUUAGAGCAGAGAGGUUUGAUGAGGGGUAAUCCAUCCUCACCGUGUUCGCUUUAAACAAAAGAAGGGGGAUUACUGUGCAGAGACGCCGUCAUCACCAUCCCCCCUCAAGUGUGGCUGUGACGUGACAGCUGCACAGAGAUUCCUCAACCUGCACUUGUGUCCCCACACUUCUGAACCUUGAUUGCAGAAUAAAUGGGGCAUUUAGCAAAACUA